UUUACUGAUGGAAAAUCCUCUUUUUUUUUCGUUCAGGAUCCAUCAUCAAUUGCAUAUGUUAUUUGCCUGGUCUCACUGAUCACAAUUUUUGUUACUGCAAAAGCACAGCGAAAUGUGUUCAACGUUCUAAGUUAUGGAGCUGCUGGCAAUGGCCUUAUUGAUGAUUCCUUGGCGUUCAUGAAGGCAUGGAAGGACACAUGUAGUGCUGCAGCAGGCACUCCUACCUUGAUUAUUCCCAAAGGAAAAAUAUUUUUGGUGCAUCAGAUUAUAUUCACAGGCCCCUGCAAGUCUAAUAAAAUAAAUGUAAAACUAUCAGGAACUAUUAUCGCACCCAAUGGUCCUGAUCAGUGGAAGGCAGCCGAUCUGUCAACAUGGUUAGCAUUUCAGGGUGUAAACGGUCUAACUAUUGAUGGACUUGGGAUGAUAGAUGGACGUGGCAAAGGCUGGUGGGAUCGCUCAUGCAAAUUUCAUCGUGGUCAGCAGGGAUGUAUCACACUAGCACCAACGGUACUUAAAUUUGAGAAUUGCAACAAUAUUCACAUGAGCAACAUUAAGUUUCACAACAGCCCCCAAACACACGUACUGAUCUUGGGAUGCCAAAAUGUUGAUUUUGGAUUCUUGACCAUACAAGAUCCUGGAACAAGCCCCAACACUGACGGAAUACACAUUCAGGUUGCUCGUAAUGUGUCCAUUCACAAUUCACAAUUUUCUGAUGGUGAUGAUUGUAUCUCCAUUGGUGAUAGGACUUCUGACAUCUCCAUCACUGACAUUAGUUGUGGCCCUGGUCAUGGUGUGAGCAUUGGAAGCCUAGGCAGGGGCGGAGCGGACGUUCAAGUAAAUAAUAUUAAUGUGAGGCGAGUAAACUUCCGAGGGACAACUAAUGGGGUACGAAUCAAGACAUGGCAGGGAGGCAGAGGUAUAGUUCGAAACGUAUCUUUCUCAAACAUAAACUUCCAGGCAGUGGCAAAUCCAAUCAUCAUUGAUCAGUUCUACUGUGAUAUUCCAAAUUCGUGUAGGAAAUCGAACACUGCAGUUCAUAUUAGCGGUGUACGAUUCUCUCAAUUGUUUGGGACAUCAAAGACAAAAGUGGGUAUCAAUCUCAAUUGCAGCAGUAAUAUUCCUUGCACCGGCAUUACAUUAGAGGACAUUCAUUUGGCAUCGGCAACUUCAGACAGCCAAUUGAUUUCUAGCUGCAACAACGCCUUUGGACUGAAUAGAGGAAUUAUAGAUCCCAAAUCCUGCCUCCGGAAAAUAAUUUGAGAGACAAUAUGAUUGUACAUACAAAUUUCCUUCUAAAAACAAAAGCAGAAAUAAAAUGUCAAAAUUCAAUUUUAUUAAAUAAAAUAAUGGAUACAAAUUUCUAUAUGAUCUUUUUUAUGGAAGAAAAUAAUCUUCUGAUUCGAUCUUAUCAAAAACAGAAACGAUAAUAUCUAAUGAAAUGAUUGGCAAAUCUUCAAACCAACGUUUUGUGAUAGAAAACAAGCUUGUGAUUUUUGUGAACAAAAGCUUGAUCACGAACUGGCAAAAAUAAGCAGAUCUUUAAAGAAAUGACCAAAGCCUUAUGAUUUCUUGGCUGGUUAUUGAAUUUCAGACAGCUUGAGCAAUCUUCAAAGAUGACCAGCAAAUCUUGAAUGUGUGAGAAUAAGGCUAGAGUGUUUCUUCUUUGCAUUGAUCUCCAGAUGAGUUAGAAGAACUCUCUGUUCAUAAUGCUAGGUGUGAUAUAAUGUGAGAGAGUUCUAAAAUUAACUUAAUCAUUUUGAUUUUUUCUGUAAUAAUUUUAAAUUAAUUAAAGAUAAUGAAGAUGACUCAUAGAAUUUAAUUAGGUGAUAUAUGAGUCCUUAAUUUUGAUUAGUCUAACUUAUGUUUUU